UUCUACGAAAACGAACAAACGGGAGCAGGGCACGCUUGGCAGUGUAAGCGCCCACAACAACGUUACGAGAUGGCGGCGACACAGGCUGAGGAAAGCGACACCGACUUCGGCCGAAAUGUGUUCAGGAAUAAGGGCGGGCCUCAUGGACUUGGAGACCCUGAUGAUAAAACUCUAAGGAGAGUUGAAAUAGAAGUUACAAUUCCCAAGAAGAUGAGGGAUAUUGCUCGUCAAGAGAAGUGCACAAAAGAAGUAGAAGAUUUUACCAAUUGUUGUAAGGAGUCAAGUUUAGCAAUGGUCAUCAAAUGCCGACCAUAUAAUACUGCCUUGUGGGAUUGCCUGGGCAAUUGGUAUAAUGAUAAAGAGUUCAGGGCAUUCUGCACUCAAAAAUACCUUGAGGAACGCUCUGAAUACCGAAGAACAGGGCUCACAAAAAAGCAACGUAAUAGACUGGGAACAACAGGAUUUUAGAUGCUCUUUCAUAAAAUUUAGCAUAUAAGAGGUGAAUUUACCCUUGAUGUAUAUAUAUUAAAAUGUGUGGAAUUAUUCAUUUGUGAAUAUUUCCUUGUUAUUCCAGUUAACAAUAAAGCUGUGUCUGUGAACACAAUUUUAUAAU